AUCCAUCUAGAAUGCUCUCAAAGCAGAUAGAAAAAAAAUAGACAAGCGGUUUGUAGAAUCUCUGAGAAAGUACUGGAUUUCUUCUCAUCUAUACUAUAAAUUCAGAGACGGACUCGUUCAUUUCCCAGACCGAGACAGACACAGAAUCAAGUAAUCCAAUCAAGCACAACCUUUCUCAGCUACCCAAGUUUUCUAUACCCAGACCAAGUAAAAAAAAAAUGGCAAUGAUUCCAAGCUUGUUCGGUGGUCGAAGGAGCAACAUCUUCGACCCGUUCUCUCUGGACGUGUGGGAUCCUUUCAAGAACUUUCCUCUCUCCGUCCCCGAUGUCUCGAGGGAGACUUCUGCCAUGGUCAACGCUCGAGUUGAUUGGAAAGAAACUCCGGAGGCUCACGUGUUCAAGGCCGAUGUACCCGGGCUGAAGAAGGAAGAGGUGAAGGUGGAGGUCGAAGAGGACCGAGUGCUGCAGAUCAGCGGCGAGAGGAACGUGGAGAAGGAAGACAAGAACGACACUUGGCACAGAGUGGAACGCAGCAGCGGGAAGUUCUUCAGGCGGUUCCGGCUGCCGGAGAAUGCGAAGUUGGAUCAGGUAAAGGCUUGUAUGGAGAAUGGAGUACUGACUAUUACUGUUCCUAAGGAGGAAGUCAAGAAGCCUGAUGUUAAAGCUAUUGAUAUCUCUGGUUGAGUGAGAUCGUUUUUGAUAUUGUGAUUAUGAGAGUAUUAUGGCUUUGAGGAGUGCAUAGUGUGUGUUUGAUUUUAUGUUUUGCUGGGAGUUAGUAAUGAGUGAAAAUAUUGUAUAUGAAUAUGUUAAAUAUGUGACUAAAUUUGUAAUAUGCAAUACCUAUUUUUUUUACUA